AUUUGACCUACUUUCAAAAUAUGAAAUUUUUAAAAAUAUAAAAUUUCGAUAACUCGAUUCUUAUCUUAUAUUAGCAAAAAUAAUCCAUUUUUGAUGGUAAACAAUUAAUAUUCUGAGCAGUACUGAACAUUACGUAAGACGGAUGAUGGAGAAUCUACGCUCAAAAAACCUGGACCUUCUUCGGAAACUUCAACAUGGCCAGCAGAAACUCAAACUUAAAUUAUCACCACGUAGCAACAAAACCACCAGUAGAAUUCUUAACUCUGACAGAAGGAGUAAUAAAAAUGCUCCGAAUACACCUGCAUCAGCUAGAAGAAAAUUAGAAGCACUGAAAAAACAUCAUCUCCAUUCAAGCCAUCAUCGAAAAGCCUUGUCUGAGGAUAACAAUCAGAAAAACUUAGAAUCUUCCCUACUUAAUGCUUAUGAAUCCGCCUUAGCUGGGAGCCCUGAUUUACGUAACUUCAAGGCAAUGUCAAGUACUCCAAAAUUUGAUUUAAGAACUAAACGUAUUACUUCGCCAAAGUUUAGAAUUGGAGUGAGACAUUCUCCUAAGAUACCAUUCAGUAAACUGAGUCUCAAAGAGAAAUUGAAAAUCGAGGAUGAAAAUUUAGUGAAAGUGACACCUCCAAGGCCAACAAAACCGACCAUAGAUACCCCAAAAUCAAUUUUGAAGAAACGGAAAAUUAUCGAUGAUAACAUUGUUGUUGAUUCCAAAUUUGAUCAUGGAGACCUGUCAAAAAGUAAUAGGAAUAAACGAGGAUUAAACUUCUCCUACUCAAAUAUUGAUGAUUCUGUGUACAUUCCGCCUUCUCGCUCCACAGAAAAGAAGAGAAAAGUGAGCCCCAAGAAAGUCCACUAUCAGGCUAACAGUUUUCCCAUGACUUUGAGGUCACGAUUGGAGCCAGACAACCAUGAUGAUCGUUUAAAUGAUCCUGGAAAUGAUCGUUCAUACUCAACAAUGGUUAGGAAUCUUAGUCAGGAUCCGAAGUCUAUUCUACUUUCAACUGGUGUGAAAACUCCUAAAAAGACACCAAAUAAGGUUCAUUUCAAGAACUUCAGAAAUUCAAGUCAGGAUUGUGCUAACUCAAGCCAUGAUGUCUCAAGGCAACACUCAUUUUGCAGUCCUGCAAACACCUCCUUGACUGGCUCAGCUAGGCGCAGGUCAGCACGGCUACAGCAAAGAGAUGGUCAACAGCCACUGCUAGGUUAUGACUUCAUUGCUGGAAUGUUGGAUAACACAAAAACAUUCAGUGAUUUCCCUGAUGAUUACUUCGAGAAUCUCAAAGAGUUCCGUAGAGUUAAUAAAGAAGACUGUGUUAGCAGUGCAAGAGGCUCUACAUCAGCUCCACCAGCUCCUGAACCAAUUUCUCCUGAUGUUGAACCACUGGAACAUACAUGUAUUCAUGGUUAUACAGUGAAUAAGAGACUGUUUACUGUACCCAUGAACACAAAUGAAGAGGGCAAAAGUAGAUGCCCUAUCUGUAAUAAGGAAAGAAAGGACCCAAAUUCAGAAUCCCCAGCCUUUGUCAGGAUCAGUAUACCACGGUCGACCCUGCUGACCCCAUAUAGAGUGAAACCUCACAGGAGGAAAAGCUAUGACCCAACUGACUCAUGUGCUCUAUCAGAGCAUUGUUUGGCUGGUUGGGAGUGCUCCAAGCCUUCUAUGCUACCCAGAGCUUCAACUGUGGAUCUCAGACAAGCUGCUGAUGGUAUCAAAACCAAACUGUCUACAACUCUUCUUGAAGCAGAAAUAUUAGCCAAAGAUUCAACAAAACAAUACCGAGUUCCUAUAGCAACACCAUCGCCUAGAAACACAAUGUAUGAUCUCCGUAGCAACAAUAGUAUCAUCACAGAUGACUUACUGAACACAACACAUAGCUUGAGAUAUCAAAUGCAACGCAUGGAACAGGAUAGGAAGAUCAGGAAUAAGAUAAAUCAAUCAAGAAAUCAUUCAAUGAAACUUUGAACUGGAUACAAAUCAAAAAUUGGCCUGAGACUGUGGUGUGAUAAAAACACUGAGAAA